GUGAUCUGGAAAUGUGGAGAAAAGCCGACUGAUUUCAGCGAUUGUCAACAAAUUACUAACGAAACAGUAUUUUUAUGUAGUUUCGAACGUUAAGUUUGAACACUUUGGCAGUUUACUGUUUGAUUGUACAUUGCUCUUUGUUGUAGCCUGUGUUUAUUAUUUUCUCCUGUAUUGCCUUUUCUUACGGUACAUAUCCACAGUACGUAGGCAUAAUGCUUUUACCCUGUACGUGUGCCCUGAUAACUUGUUGAUCGUUAGAAAAAUGUAGUCAAAUCUCACGCGCAUACGGAAAAUUUGGGGCUGUUUACGGCAAUGAGCAAGGAGCGACAGUGUUUGGUGCUUAAUAUUCAUGAAACAAGUCUCCAAUUGAUAAGUAAAACGCACGUCUGCGUAAGCAAAUUAAUAUACAUUACCCAAAACGUCAGUAUUACUUCAUUAAUAUACAUGAGCAAAUGCUUCGCCGUAGUAGGAUUCAUAAUAGCGCUCCCUACCCGUUGAAGAAGACAAACUUCCUCUGGGCUUGUACCAAGAGUUCAAAGACCAGCGUCUUUAAAACUAGCUGUAUUUCAUUUUCUCUUUCAAGAGUACAUCUGACAACGCACUUAAGUCAUGUCGAACGGAAGACCAAAGGGAGAGGACUGUGUGGAUGCCAGACCAAAGGAUGACCAAGAUUCACAUCUCACAGACAAUGGAAGAGAUCAAGCAGAUGCCAAUACACCGUCAGACUCUUAUCAAUACAACAUGAAGUUCCCUAGCCUAGGACAAUGUGUCAUCAUCAACAAUAAGAAUUUCCAUAGAAGCACAGGAAUGGGAGUUCGUAACGGGACAGACGUGGAUGCAAAUAAUGUAAUGGCGGUUUUCUCAAAGCUGGGUUUCAAAAUCAGUUUUUUCAAUGAUCAAACUGUCUCACAGAUGAGAGAUUUGUUAACUAAAGUGUCUCAGUUGGACCACAGUCAUUCGGCCAUGUUUGUGUGUGUGUUGUUGAGUCAUGGAGAUGAUGGUAAGAUAUUCGGUACAGAUGGCUGUAUAGAUCUGAAAGAAUUCACUGUACUCUUCAGAGGAGACCGCUGCCCUACACUUGUGGGAAAACCCAAGCUUUUCUUCAUACAGGCUUGUCGAGGCUCAGAGCUGGACUCUGGCGUUGAGUGUGACAGUGUGAGUGACUCGGAGGGAACACAGAGAAUUCCUGUCGAGGCAGACUUCCUGUAUGCAUACUCCACUGCUCCAGGUUAUUACUCCUGGAGGAACUGCAGUAACGGCUCCUGGUUCAUCUCCUCUCUAUGUGAGAUGCUGAGGACAUACGGCAGGCAACUGGAGAUCAUGCAGAUCAUGACGCGUGUCAACCGCAAGGUGGCGCUGGACUUCAAAUCCUCCUCCAAUCUGCCUGGAUUCAGCGGCAUGAAACAGAUACCAUGCAUUGUAUCUAUGUUGACCAAAGAACUCUAUUUCCCUAAAUGAUUCAUUGUCUGUAUUAGUGAUCAAGUAGCAAUGGAUUAAGAUCACUUUUUGAAUCAUUUUAAAAUCAUGUUAUGUAACAAUUUAAAGAGUAUAAUCAAAACUAAAGAAUGAAAGUCCAUUCUUAUGGUGUGUGAUACGUUUACAAAGCUGAACUUGACAGAUAUUCAGAUCUUUUAUAUGUAUAUUCACAUUCAAGCUGUGAAUGGUGUCAUCAUUUGAGUCUUACCAGAAUAUUUUUUCUUGCAUUGUUUGCAUUCUCUUGUACACGCACAGACAUUUUCAGGAUGACCCAAGGCAAGAAAUAGGCAUGUGUCAUUUGGGUGACCUAAGGUGAACUUUGAUUUUAACUGGGUAAUCGGGAUGCAUUAAAUAUUAUUUUAAAAGAGGCCAGUCUUUGUGGGAUUUGCAAGAUUUUUAUCAUGAUAAAUAAACUUUUACUUUGUCAUUCAUGUGCUUUACUUUACUAUUGGAUUCAGUACAUACAGUAUUAAAUAUUGGUUUGAUCACUAAUAUAAACUCAUUUUUAAUAUAACUAAGAAACCUCAAAGAGCCCAAAAUAUGCAUGAAUUUCAGUGUGUUAGAUCAAGUGGCAUCUGCAAACAAUUUUAGGCAUAUGAGGGUAGAUUAAAAAAAACCUAAAAAAAACCUCACUUCACUGUAAUCACAGCCCUUUGUGGUUUAAUAAUUGUACAAGGUCAUGUUGCGAUUUCGGUUUUAUUUCGAUUAAUUUAAUUACUAAUUAUUUUAAUUACUAACUAAUUUUAACCAGCUGAUCCCAAGGUAACUUUAAUGGACCCACUUUAUAUCAGGUGGCCCUAUGUACUCAACCAUUUGUAGUUACACUGUUAAUUUUACCCCAACCCAACCCUUACCCCAAAACCUAACUAUAACCCUAAUCCUAACCCUACCCUUAUUCCUAAACCUACCCGUACCUCAGCCUCAGUAGCAGCAAAUGUGGGAAUUUUUCAGAACAACAUGUAGUUACACAGUAAAUACAUAGUCUUAUAUGUAUUUAAUGUUAGUACAUAGUAGUUAAGGCCACCUAAUAUAAAGUGUGACCACUUUAGUUGAUGUAUGACGUUCGCACAGGUGUCAUAUCAGUGUAAACACAGAUGUAGUUCAUUGCAUUAACUGUGGACGUGUUCCAUUAACGUUUGACAACCAAGUGUUUAAACUAGUAAUUUAUAUGCAUUUUUUUAGAAUUUAAAAGCAAGCAAACUUCUUUGUUGUGAAAUAUUUUACUUUACAGGUGUACUUGUGCUAUGUUUAUUUCUUUUAAAUAAAUGCCACUUGGUUUGAUAUUUUAUCUAAUCAUAGGGCUUUACUGACCAAUACUUAAUUAGACUAUUUAAACUCAACUCAGUAUUUAUUUAUGUUUUUUAACUGCAUUUUUCUUGAAUUUGUUAACAAUGUUGGGAAUUUUACUCUAAAGAAGAUAUUAGAUUACAAUUAUUGAUUACUUUGUAAUUAGAAUACACUCAACACUGUUUGAUGAACUGGUGAGUUUUGUACAUUACUACGGAGCCUCUAAAGGGCCAAUGUAGUGGGGAAAAAAUUAGGGGCGUGGGAAAAAAUAAACAAAUGCUUCUGGGUGCUCUCGCGAAACUUGUGCUCUCGUAUAUACAUUCCCGCUCCUGAAUACUCUGCAGACUAUUGCAUUUAUGAGAGAUAAGUCAAGAUGAUAGGUGCUGGUGCCUACUUUUUGUGGAAAACUGUAUCCUGUAAACGUGUAAAGAGUGAGAAGAUACAGCGACUCCUUUCUGUAUUGCAUCAUUACAUUACAUCAUACUGUACAUAAAUCUGAUAUAUGGCCUAUGCAAAUGACCGUUUUUAUAUAUGUAGCAUGUUUUCCCAAACUACAGGCCUAAUGGAAUUUGAAUAUCAUAUGCUCAAAUAUCAACUAUUAUUUUAUAUGUAUGUAUGUUUAUGUGGCCAUUUAUCAUACGCCAGCAGAUGGCGACAAUUAUGUUCUGACUGAGUCAAUCAUUCAACAAUGACACCUACCAAACUGCAUAAAUGAUGCCUCCACAGGGCACUCCGAAGGGAGAGUGGCUAAACUAAAGGGUUGUUCCAAACACAAAUAUUAUUUUAAAAGUGAGUUCCAAAUUGCAGUUAUUUUAAAGCUCAAAACCUUCAGCCACCACAUAUAAAGAAGCAUGUAUUGCUUUAUUAAUGGAGAGGGAAUCACCAUCCCAAAAAAUAAAUACAAAAAUAAUAAUAUGCGAUUCAGUUGUGCACCACAGCAUUCCAUUUCAGUUAGACCACUCGCAUUUAAUGUCAUUUUAACUGUGUUGUUUUUAUUUUAAGUACUGUCUUUUGGGCUUCACUCUUUCAUUGCAUUGGCUUUCUCUUUUUAUUGAACUCAAAAGCUGGAAUAAUGCUGGAAUACACAUAGGAGAGCUAGCAGAUGACGCAAAAAUUCUUGGGGGAACGCAAAGUUUUGCGAGAGAACGCAAAAGCAUUUGCUUAUUUAUUUCCCCCACCCAACUAAUUUUUCCCCACUAUCUUGACCCUUUAGGGCCUCAGUACAUUUCUGCUAGUGCUGCUGUGAUAACUUCGAAACUGAGAUAACACCUAACAUAACCACUACGUGUUGCUGUUAUUUAAGAUCCAGCCGAGUGCUUAAAAACAAGGUGUGUUCCUGAGAAAUGGAACAGAAAGCAGAACAACUCUUUGAAACUUAAUUCUCUUUCAGUCUCGUUUCUUUAACCAACUGUUCAGCUGUUUCCUUUUUGUUUAAUUAGAUACAUUCAUAUAUCUCAAGGGUAAAAAAACACAAAAAAAAAAAAAAAAAAAAAAACAAUCAAA